AUGUGGAGAGAGUCUCUGACCUCGUCUCUGUUCCUCGUCCUCAGAUUCGCAGAAGGAGAAACGUCUGAACGGCAAAGUCAUGAGACCAGCGCCGUGCUGAGAGCGUCCCAGCUGCCUCUGGUUCGCUCGGCGUUACAGUCGGUGACGUCAGCGUACUCAGAGGUCAAAGGUCGUUUCCCUCUGCUGGGUCUGAUGGGAGAAGUGGCCGAGGUCGGCGUUAGCAGAGUCUUCCACGUCGCCAUAAGCAGAGCAACCCCACUCCUCCAGAGCCUGGAGCCGCAGAUUGAUAUUGCCAACAGUUUUGCUCUGGUUGGUCUCGACCGUCUGGAGAGAAACUUCCCCGUCUUGAAUCAAUCAACAGGCCAGGUGGCGGGUCACCUGAAGGACGCCCUCUUCCUGACGCUGGACGACGUGCAGCUGUUGGUGGUGGACGGUUUGGACAGCGCUCUGAAUCUGCUGGAGCGUCUGUCUGAUGUCGGUCUGUUGGCCGUCAAGCUGCUGCAGGAUGUUCAGGUGGCCCAGGCUGUGACGACAGGACUGGAUGACGUGCUGAGUCGUCUGGAGGACGCCACCGUCUACUACCUGCCCCUCCCACCCACGAUGCGUCGGGAGUGGGAGAUGAUGGUGCAGGAGUACGAGGAUGAAGAUGAGGACGAUGAGCCCAGUCUCUGGACCAGGGUCCGCAGCCUCCUGCUGAGACUCAGCCUGCUGCUUUAUCACCGCAUGAUGAAGGUCAGGGAGCAGCUGCAGAAAGCCGCCAGGACGCUGGGAGACGCUGCGUACGCGGUGGGUCUGGGUCAGGUCCUGGAGCUGGUCGGUAAGCUGCUGCAGUACCUGCAGAGCCUCCUGAUGGUGCUGGUGUACCAGGCAGAGAGUCUCAGGGAGCUGACCCUGGACAGGGUCAGAGGUCAAGCCGCCAUGUUGGCUGAGCUGCAGCCCGUACGUCAGAUCAGAGAGCUGCCGGUUCAGAUCCAGAAGCUGCUCCGAGACCUGCAGGAACUGUCCAAGAUACUGCUGCAGCUGCUGAUCAACACCACACCGCUCUACAGCAUGGUGAGACUCACAGGACGGGUCGCCUGA